UUGGAGACAAGUACAGUUUCCCGGGCGAGGAACUUAGUGUCCUCAAACUUUGGGAAGAAUUGGAUGCUUUCAAGACUCAACUGAAGUUGAGUGAAGGUCGCCCUGAGUUCUCGUUCUACGAUGGACCUCCCUUCGCCACCGGACUUCCGCAUUACGGCCAUCUUCUGGCUGGUACCAUCAAGGAUAUUGUGACGCGCUUUGCAUGUACACAG